GUAGUUUUAGUAAGUGGAAUCAUCUCACCUGUAUGGCAGAGAUGUGAUUUACUGCAAAGUUCGGUUGGAGAAGUUACUUUAAAACACUUUGGACCGAUCAUUUUUUGCAGCGUCGGCAGUAAAACCACGUCAUUCUGUCAAACAACUCCCCUUUUUCCUCCCUCUUGGACCAACAUCCACAGUUUAGGAACAACUGGAUAAAGUUUUUUGCAUCAAGCACAAAUCAUGAUGACCGGAUUUCGGCUGAACUUGUCGCCGCUGAAGGAGCCUCUGGGCUUCGUCAAACUGGUGGAGUGGCUCACGGCCAUAUUUGCUUUUGGAUGCUGUGGCGGAUACUCGGGGAAGAACAUCAUAUCUCUCUUCUGCGGCGAUGGCACGAAUGAAACUCUCAUUGCUAACUUUCACUACCCAUUUAGGUUAAGCGAGGUCCCGCUCAUCGAGGGAAACACCACUGUGUGUAACCACUCAGUCACAACGACACACAUGGUGGGAGACUCAGUCUCCUCAGUGGAGUUCUUUGUGGGCAUCGCCAUCGUCUGCUUUCUGUACAGUAUGGUGGCUCUUUUGGUGUAUUUAGGCUACAUGCACGUCUACAAGGACUCUGACUUUGGACCCAUUUUUGACUUUCUGAUCACAGUGAUACUGGUCUUUCUGUGGCUGGUGUGUUCAUCAGCCUGGGCAAAGGGCCUGCAGAAUGUGAAGGAUGCCACGGACACCGGAGGCAUCAGCGCCACGCUGGACGUCUGCAAGGGGAGCAACAUCACCUGUGAGGUCACUGAGUUCGCCAGCCUGCGGACCCUCAACAUCUCUGUGGUGUUCGGCUACCUUAACAUGUUUGUGUGGGCAGGCAACGCCUGGUUUGUGUACAAGGAGACCCGUUGGCACUCCCAGAAAUUCUCUUCUCAGCCCGGACCUGGAAGGCAACAGGUCCCUGCACCCAUCUAACAUAUACAACAUGAAGCAACACAUACACACAGUCACAUACAUGUACACUGCACACACAGAACACACACAGUUUAAGCACGUGCACACUGUAUUUGCAUAAAGACAUUAUUACACAUACACACAACAAAAGCUCUGUGAAGAUGAUGAAGAGAGAAUAAAAAAGAAGGAUAAAUGUAUAGAUAGUCAGUUUAAAAUCGGAUAGAUUAGGAUAUGUAUUGGAUUUGGACCUUGUCAACACAGUAGCAGCUUUGUAGGUAGUACACAGAGCUGUUUGUAACCCAAAAUGUCAUAUCAUUCCUCGCACAAUCAUGGCAUACUUGAACAGAGAACAGUUCUAAAAGCAAUGUAAAUUUCCCAAAAGAUUUCCUCUUAAGGGCUAAGCAGCCCUGCAGCAGGAAGAGGCUGGGAACAGAGAUGGGGUUCUAACUAAGGUUUCAUGUAUAGAUUAGCCUUUGUUGUUUCUUUUAUUUUUUACCUGUUUUAUAUACUAUACUUAGGAAGAGAGGUUUUCUCUUUUCUCUGGUCCAUUUUUAGGACAAUGGCUACAUGUAUUAUGCUUUAUUAUAUACUGAUGAAUGUAAGGUACUUUGAGCUUGUCUCUAUAAGAAAAAUCCGAUAAACACUCAUACACAUUCACACACCCAUGGCGCAGCAACAGGAGCAACUCAGGGUUUAGUGUCUUGCCCAAGGAUACUUUGAUAUGUAGACUGCAGGGGAUAGAACCAACGACCUUCCGAUUGGUAGAUUGGAAACCGCUCUACCACCUGAGCCACAGGCGCCCUGGGUGAUCAAUGCUUUCACUGUAACAGAGAGGGUGAGACACUUGUCUGUAGUGCACUUUGAAGCGUAACACUCUAUACUAUAUUACCACACCGUUCAAUUUUAAUUCCUUGACAUAGAGCAUACUGCAUACAUUUGAUAUUGGCCUUGAAAUUGAGCCAUACAUUAGCAUCUUUUUUUCUUUUUUGUAUAUUUUAUAGUUUCAAAGUGCAAUGUGUACCUAGAAACUGACUCACUCAAGUAUUCAUUCAUUCUUACAUUCAUAAGCUCUCUCACAGUUAGGCCAUUUGGCAAAUAGGUACUGCAAUAUGUCAACAAUUAAACUAGGAUUAUUAAUUUACCAUACUAGUGUAGAGAUGUCCUCUUUUAAUGAAGCACACUGAUGAGAUGAAUAAAUGUAGAAGUCUUUAUCCUUCACCAAUUUAAGGUAAAUCUGUGCAGGCAGGGAGACAAGUUAGAUAUAUUAAAACUUGAGACAUACUGUCAUAGACUGAGUAAAAUGGCCUCCAACCCAAAUAUCAGGAAGGCAGUAUUUUACAUUCAGUGUAUGACGUUCUUAUCACAACAUACACAGUCGCUCAUAUGGGGCUUUUACGAUGUCUUAUAAAGCACUGUGAGAGUGUUAAUCCACAAAGAAAACUUGAUUGAAAGUUGGCUACUUAAUUAGUUCAGGAAAAUGUUGCAGCCAAAGUUUGAGAUCUUUCAGUUCCUCUGUCGCCAAAGGCUUUGAUUUAUUUUAGUCUCAACUAGGGUACCAGAUGAAGGUUAGAGCCUUCCUUGAUUGUGUUGAAAUUUUGAAUAUAGUCGUGACUUUUCCAUCAGUUUUUUUUUUUGCAUCACAUAAAACAGCUCAGCCUAAGCACUAUUUCUUUCUUCCCUGUUUAAGCUUAUUCCAUAUCUUUGUGUGAUGUUAAAUUAGUUAUUUUGUUUGUUUUGUUUAUUUGAUUGUCUAGUUUUUAUAAAUCCUUCUUGAGACACCAAACAGUGAGCUGUGUUUUUAUAAAGUCACUUUUUUUGUCUUAUUUUUCAUUUUAUAGCAUGUGCAGAUGAUUAUUUGAAGAAUUGUUUUGCAUCUAUUACUUUUUGAUAUACUAGAAAUGUAAGUGGGAUGAUGUAAAUUCAUUUAACUUUCACUUUUCCAGCAACAUUAAAUGAAGAUGUGUGUGGUGUACUGGUUAUGCCUCUGCACGCUUGUAAUCAUCAUCCAACUAGCUAUAGCUUUGUCAAUGAUUCAUAUGCAUUAAAUCCGCCAAAAUGUCUUAUUCAAGAGACACAUGUGACAUGCACAAUAUCAAUGUGCCUUUGUUUUUUCAAUAAAAAUGAAUGAGUUUUUU